AAAUUGCUAUAGAGUGUGGCAAUCGACUUGCCAAUAAAUGUUCUGUCUUAGAUAAAGACAAUAAGCGUAUACAACAUGAUCUAAAACAAUCUAAUAAUGAUAAAGAGAAACUCUCCAAGCAUACCUACCAGCUUAUAAAUAAACUUAAACAAAAACCAGAAGUUGAAAACGAUAUUUACACAAGGUUAGCUAUUUAUCAAUAUGAAUUACGAAUAGAGAAUCUUAUCAAUAGAAUUAAACAUAUUCGAGAAAACAGCAAAAAAGAUCUGAGCAUAUACAACUAUACAGAGAAAAUGACUAGAGUAUUUCUACAGACCCGAAG